AAAGAAGCAAUUGAUAUAGGGGCAUUCUCAAAGCGUCAAACAGAUGGUUCCGCUUCUGACUGUUGAUAUAUAAAGACACCACUUAGAAACAUAAACAUCUGCAACUUUCAGACUCAUGCAGACAUCGUCAAUGGAGACACAGUGCGGUCACAUUGCUUCUUUGGUGUCCUCUGACCUAACUAGCAUUCCCAAUCCAGAUACUCCCUGCAUGAGAUGUCAUCGCCUUCCCAACCCCUAUCCGAUUUGGCGUUGCUUGUACUGUAAGGUCGUCUUCUGUGGUUUGCGCGUGGGCAGCCAUAUGUAUGAGCAUUAUAAGAAGUCAAAUCAUUCUCUUGCUAUCAGUUGCAGUAAAAAAGAUCCAGUUGUUUUUUGUUACUUCUGCAAGAUAAAUGCAAAAGCUCAUCAAGUGAUCCAACAAUUGCAGGCUUUUUACAAGGAUAAAUCUCCUUCAUCCAAGCUAGAGAAGCUCGAUGCUAUGAUGGACGAGUAUGCAUUGGCCAAGGAAGGACUCCAGAAGAUCUUUGAUCGGGGGUUAGAAGCUUUAGCUGAUGACCAAGUGCAAAAAGAGUUUCUCACUUAUACAGCCAUGCUUUUAUCAGUUGAUUCGUGCUCAUCGCAGUUGAAGGCUAACCUUUCAUCAUUCACAGAAAACCUCCCAGAGGAAACCUCCACUUUUGUUCAAGCUAAAAAAAAGUUGAAGGUGGUCUCUGACCUAUCAGCUUCAGUUACCCACAAGAAGUUUAUGCUCCGGCAACAGAGUUCCAAGUAUACUGAGACGAAGAAAAAAAGUAUUGCCUCAGAGGAGAAAAUUGCCAACCUUAAGGCCUGGAUUCAAAAGUUGGAAGCUUCUCUAGCCACAGAAAAGAGAAACAAGGCAAAGAUUGAUGAGGUUUUGGAUUCCAUCGAGACACAAGUAAUCACUGCCAGAGAUGGAUUGGUCUCAGACUUGGCACAAGUGUCUGCCAUGGAGGGAACAACCCAAGCUGCUAACCUAGUAGCUCAACAACAGUCAGCGUGGAAUAGCUUAAGGACUACUUUUACCAAGUUUGCAUGAUGUAAAUCGUAAU